AUGAAACUGUCUGCUCGUAACUUCCAGCCCGCGAGCCCUUCCCCCUUAUCUGCUGGCGACUGCCCAGUGCCUUCCCUUUUACAACCACCUCCACUGCCUACUUCCCUGCCAUCCAGUCCAACGAUAGAUGGUGUUCCCUCCAAUUUGCUUGAAAGACUCCUGACGUUCCCGUUGUUCAAAGAUGCUCCUCCCCUGUUCCAUCACAAGGUUGCCGCAAAGCUAAAAUUAGUACAAUACACUCCACAGGAAUAUGUCUUGAAAGAAGGUGACCCAGCCUUGUCCAUGUACUGGAUUCUCAAGGGAACUGUCAGUGUUACUUCUCCAGAUGGUGACUCGAUCUAUGCUGAGUUGACUCCUGGUGCGUUUUUUGGUGAGAUUGGUAUCUUGUUCAAUAGACCCAGAACUGCUACCGUGGUAGCUCGUACAAGAGUUCUCUUGGGAGUCCUCACUGCAGAUGCCCUUAACUCUGUGCUUCGAUUUUAUCCCCUCAUAGAACGCCGAAUCCGUGAUGAGGCUCAGGAACGUCUCUCAAUGCAAGAUAAAAAGAAUAAGGCAGAAAUACCGAUUUUGAAACCGAGUAAUCCACCUUCAACGGAUAUAUGGCCACAGCAGGUGACAUCGGUAUCUAUUGCCCCCAGCACGUUGUCGAGGCCAAAUCCGCUGCCUCUUUCACAAAUAGUCAGUGCUUCACGCCGGGUGUCUAUUUCAUCACCGUUAGUGGUAUCUUUAGAUAAUGUCGACCAAACUUUGUCUAUUCAGGACUUUAUCAAAACGCUUCCGAUUUUUGCCAAUUUACCGCCUGACCUAAUACAUCGUUUAGCCCUUGGAGCAGAUCCCCUCAAUUUCAAGGCCUACGAAUAUAUUUUUCGAAAGGGUGAUCUUGGCUCCGACAUAUACUUCGUUGUUGAUGGCGAAAUCGAAGUCAUUGAUGAUGUACAAGGAAAGGACAGCUCAGAGCGUAUAUUGGCCCGCCUAAAAAAAGGAGCUUACUUUGGCGAGAUGUCAUUUUUGGAACUAGCUCAGAAUGGUAAGAUCGUAAAAAGAAGCGCUUCAAUAAGGACGGUGACAUCAGUGGAGCUAAUAGUCAUUCGCUCGCACCAACUAGAACGUAUCUGCUCCAAAUACUCAUUUUUUGUUGAUGAGAUAAGAAAGACGGUGCUCGAAAGGAAAGUCAUGAACGAAAAUCAAAAUAUUGGAGCCCAAAUGACUCUACCCAUCGCAAUACCUGAGAGAAGGCGAAGUAUUGCAGUUGAAACAAUUGCUCUGAGGGAAUCCUUGAACAUCUCACGCAGAUCAAAUCGGCAAUUGCUUUCACCUGAGCCCUCUCUCUUCAAUCCCAACUGGGAAGGUUUUUCUACAUUCAAUCAAUCGUCAUCACCCAAGCCAUCUAGGUCAAUCUCGCCAGCAUCCUCUGUUGAUUCAGAGUUUGUGCUAGCAAAACCGUCGUCCUUGCCACUGAGCGAAGGAAUUGCAGAAAACAACAGAAAACGAAAAGCUAAAUGCCGAAGCGUGUCACCACUUCAACAGCUUCUGGAAGGACCGCUUGAUCUCAACAUUCCACCUUCGAGGAAUUAUGAUGUCAGCAGUUUUCCCACGAGUAGGAGACAGUCUUUCCAUUAUAUGCCUCAUUCAAAGCGAUUAAAAAUUGCAAGUUUAGCGGGAAGGCGGCGUUCUUCAGUCCUUGUCAGCCCCGGAUCGAUACCCGAUAAGAUUCUUCUCAAGGUUUUUGAACUUCUAGACCUACCUCAGCUAAUGAGGUUACGAAUUGUUAGUCGUCGAUGGAGACAAUUGUUAUACAUGGCACCUAAUAUCUUUCAAACUCUUGACUUGACACCUUGGAACACGACUAUAACAGAUGAUGCUCUCGUUGCCAUCACUGACUUUGUUGGAUCUCGCCCACAGUACAUCGACAUCUCCUGUUGCUUUCACAUAACAGAUGAGGGAUUCAGCUAUAUGGUGAAUGAAAUAGGGAUGGCAGGAAAUCUCAAGCUGAUCAAGAUGAAGUCUACAUGGGAAGUUAGCGCAAUGGCUAUUAUGGAUUUAGCAUCCCCUUCGGUUGGAAGUCAGCUUGAGGAAAUCGACCUUUCAAACUGUCGUAAAGUGAACGAUGAUGUGAUUGAGCGAUUGAUCGGUUUGUCUGACGAGACCAAAAAAGAUCUUCCAAGUGAUGAUCAAGCCAUAUCCGUGGGCUCCAAGAAAAUAAAAGUUCUCAGUCUCAGUUACUGCAAGGCACUCACAGAUGAUGUUAUGCAUCACAUUGCCAAUAACGCUAACGAAACUUUGGAAAGCUUGUCUUUGACGCGCUGCACUACCAUUACAGACAUUGGAUUCCAACACUGGACUUACAGAACCUUUCCUCGCUUGACUAAUCUCUCGCUAAAGGAUUGCACAUUUCUCACAGAUAAAGCGAUCAUAUCUGUUGCCAAUGCGGCUUCUCAUCUAGAGACGUUGGACUUAAGUUUCUGUUGCGCACUUCUGGACACUGCUGUUGAGGUACUUUGCUUGGGCUGCCAGAACCUUAAGUCUUUGGACCUCUCAUUCUGUGGAUCAGCUGUUAGUGACUCAUCAUUAGUAGCGAUUUCCUUGCAUUUACGAAAUCUAAAGACUUUACUGGUAAAAGGUUGCGUAAGGGUAACUAGAGCUGGGGUUGAUGCGUUGCUUAGUGGGUUCUCUCCUCUAACGCAUAUCAACAUAAGUCAAUGUCGUAAUGCUCAUGUCUAUCCUGGAAACGUGCCUGCUCAAACCCUUCAAAUUAAUCCAUCGACAAAGUCUGCUUUCAUUACGGCCGGUCCAACGAAAGAUAUCAUCGAGAUCGUUGUUUGA